CCAGUCAAAAUUUAAACAGCUAAAGUGAAGGACCUGACUCCGACGAACAGUCCAGAAAACUCCUCAACGGACUGGAAUAUUUCACACUUUUCCAAUUUUUAUAACCUCCUAAGACUGUUUAACAGUCAUCGGACCGGUCGAUGUGGAUUUAAUGAGUGUAGUUUUUUCAUUUAUAGCAUGAUUUCAGCGGUUUUUGUUAGUUAGCGCUGCUAGGCUAAGCUAACUUGUAGCUCAUAGCUCGUGUGAUGACAGUCAGACUGCAGCCGGUUCGUUCUCUCCUAAAAUCAUGAAAUAAGUUUAUUUUUCUCACACAGAGAGGACUCUUUAUUGUCUGUGAUAAACACAGCCUUUAGUAUCAUGACUCUGGCUCCGAAGGAACUGUCGAACCUGCUGAGCAUCAUCUCGGAGGAGGCCUGCACCAACACCUUCGAGAGCCUCUCCACUCACUUCCACCACUACUUCGGGAAGGCCGAACACUUCCGGGUGGGCUCGGUUCUGGUCAUGCUCCUGCAGCAGCCGGACCUGCUGCCCAGCUCCCCGCAGAGACUCACGGCCCUCUACCUGCUCUGGGAGAUGUACCGAACCGAACCGCUGGCGGCGAACCCGUUCGCUGCCGUGUUCGCUCACCUGCUCAACCCCUCACCUGCGGGGGAGGAGCCGGAAAAGGUCCUCUCAGGUAAGGACGGGAUACUGUGAUAUGCAUAUUAUUGUUCUAGCCUCUGAUUGGCUAGAAGUGCUGGGCUCUGAUUGGUUAUUGGUUCCCGUCCGACUUUCAGUUACAAAGUCGGAAAAAAGCAAAAUCGGAGGCCUGAAACAAGAUGGCUACAUCUACGAAUAAAGUUAUUUUAGCGCUUGUUUUGUCCAAAUAUUAGGCAAGCACCAAAAUAAGUUAGAUGUAGCCAUCUUGUAGCUACAUCUACGAAGAUAGCUACAUUUAUGAAAGUUAUUUAGGCGUUUGCCUUACAUUACGGAGCAAAUAAAGCAAGCGCUAAAUUAACUUUUGCAGAUGUAGCUACACAAAGAUAGCUACAACUAUGAAGGUUAUUUCAGUGCUUGCCUUGUAUGAAUAUAAGGUUAGCGCUAAAGUAACUUUCACAGAUGUAGCUAUCUUGUUUACGCCUCUGAUUUAGCUUUUUUCCGACUUGGUAACUGAAACACCGGUAACUCAGGUGUGACGUCAUUUUCAGCUCCAACAUCUGACUUCCGAGGUAACUCAAACGCAGCAUUAGGGUUAGGAGAUUCAGAACUGCGAUAAUGUUCUGUCCGAUGUUCAGAGUCGACAGCCCGCACUCCGCUUGAACGUGUGAUGACGUGUCACAGCCAUAAGGAAUAACCAAUCAGGGCCCAGAACUUCAGCCAAUCAGAGGUGAAGGAGGCGGGACCUUCCCCUACUAUCCUCCAAAAAACAAAUCCUGCGUCCGGGAUUCAGAGGUCUGAGUUUGUUCUAUUGUGGCAGGAGGUUCUGAAACAGCUCUAACACGUGUUUUAAUCAAUGUCUCUUUACACUAAAGUUCUGGUCCUGUGGUCUUGGCUGGUCCAGGACUGUAAUCAAGAGUUAAGAACUGGUUUUAGUGAGAAACUUUGACUCCAAAUGCAGAAAGUCAUGUUGCUGAAAAUCAGAUAAUUGGACCCGAACAGACAAACUCACCUGAAUGACUCCUCGUCAGGAAGGUUCUGAAUUUAUUCUCCUUCACCCAAAAACUCCAAAGACUGUGAGUCCAGCUGCUCUCAGUUCAGGGUUUCUAGAAUAAAACAGUUUUUCUCUGACCCCCCCCCCCUCCAGGGUUCCUGCCCCCCAUCACCCAGCCGGAGAAGUUCUUCCUGUCUCAGCUGAUGUUGGCUCCGCCCAGAGAUCUGUUCAAGAAGACGCCACGACAGGUCUCCUGCAUGGACGUCGGCAACAUGCCGCAGUCCAUCGACAUCAGCGGGCUGCAGCUCGCCUUAGCAGGUACUAAUACACACAAAAGACACAAAAAAACACACAAUAACACACAAAAAACACACACUCACACAGUAAAAAAACACACACAUUAACACAGAAACACACGGACACAGAAAAACACACACUAACACAGAGAGUGUGUGUAUCUGUGAGUUGAUUGUCUGUUGUGUGUGUGUUUGUGUGAAGUGUGUGUAUCUUAGUUCAUUGUCUGUUGUGUGUGUGUGUUUGUGUGAAGUGUGUGUAUCUUAGUUCAUUGUCUGUUGUGUGUGUGUUUGUGUGAAGUGUGUGUAUCUUAGUUGAUUGUCUGCUGUGUGUGUGUUUGUCGUGCAGAGCGACAGUCGGAGCUGCCCACUCAGAGUAAAGCCAGCUUCCCCAGCAUCCUGAACGACCCGGACCCGGAUUCUUCAAACUCAGGGUUCGACAGCUCAGUGGCCAAUCAGAUCAUCGAGUCUCUGGUCACGGGGCCCCGCCCACCUCUGGAGAGUGAGUGUCUGUUUGAAUAUAAACACGCCGUCGGGUCAGCGUCUCCGUCUAACGGCGUCUCCUCCCCUCAGGUCACUUCCGGCCAGAGUUCAUCCGGCCGCCGCCUCCUCUGCACGUGUGCGAGGAUGAGCUGGCGUGGCUGAACCCCACGGAGCCGGAUCACAGCGUGCAGUGGGACCGCUCCAUGUGUGUGAAGAACAGCACGGGUGUGGAGAUCAAACGCAUCAUGUCCAAGGCGUUCAAGAGCCCGCUGUCCACCCAGCAGCAGUCCCAGGUGAGACCCCCAGGAGGGUUUUAUCCUCUCACACUGAUCAGUCUGUACGGAUAACUGACCGUCUGCGUGUCUGCGUGUGUGCGUCUGCAGCUGCUGGCCGAGCUGGAGAAGGACCCGAAGCUGGUCUACCACAUCGGUCUGUCCCCGGCGAAGCUCCCUGACCUGGUGGAGAACAACCCUCUGGUGGCCAUCGAGAUGCUGCUGAAGCUGAUGCAGAGCAGUCAGAUCACCGAGUAUUUCUCCGUGCUCGUCAACAUGGACAUGUCUCUGCACUCCAUGGAGGUGGUGAACAGGUGAGGAGACCAGCUGACCCGGAGUUCUGAUCAGGUUUGACGGAGCGCUGUGAGUUCAUCAUCUGGGUUUGACUUUGAAAAUCGUCUCCUCUGAGGAAGAUUCUCGUUUCUUUACUGGUUAUUUUGAUCGAAGCACUUUGUCCCCUUUAGUUUGGACCUACAGAUUAAACAGCCCGUUAAAAAAGUCACAAGAACUAAGUGUUGAGAAACCAGAAUACCUCAAGAUGUUUGAGCUCAGAAGGUCUUUUAGAGAUAAAACAGGAACUUUUUAAAAACAUUUAUUUAUAUUUUUAUUGUUGUUUUUAUUUUCAGAGCAGCUGAACCUGAAACUUCAGAUCAUUUUUCACUGAUCUAAAUGUUCUCGUCUCUGUUUCCUCCUCCUCAGGUUGACCACGGCUGUUGAUCUUCCUCCUGAGUUCAUCCACCUCUACAUCUCCAACUGCAUCUCCACCUGUGAGCAGAUCAAGGACAAGUACAUGCAGGUACGAACGCCACAAACCGAAACAGACUUUGUUAAUUGAACCCCCAAUUUCCACUGCAUCCUGAACGGCAGCGAUUUUUGCCGUCUGCAAAUUCCUAUCGGAUCCGUUUGUGAGGAGAAUUUUGUAAUCACGAGAACUCACAGGAACCCGCGGAUUAACGUUCAAUCGCGCGAUAACGAGUUGUCUCUAUAAAGACAGACACAUAGACAUAUAAGCAGUAGAUUGUGUCCUUCCAGAGGAGGAAAUCUACUUCUAGAACUCUUGUGAUCAGCUGAGGAGUCCGGCGAUCCUCAGAGGAACGGAAAGAAGUCGGUGUAAAUUGACACGUUAACUUGAAUGGUUACGAUCAGCUACGAUCGGAGGAUACGACCUUUUAGGAGACGAUCAGGAUGAAGGUGGAGAUUGAGGGUUAGAAGUUCUUCAGAUCAAACUCAGUUUCUCAUGAACGGUUCAGCCUGCAGGGGGCGCUGUUCUACCCUUUAAAAUAACGACCUGGUCUCUUCUGUCCCGUCUUUGUCCCAGAACCGUCUGGUGCGGCUGGUCUGCGUCUUCCUCCAGUCUCUCAUCAGGAACAAGAUCAUCAACGUUCAGGACCUCUUCAUCGAGGUCCAGGCCUUCUGCAUCGAGUUCAGCCGGAUCCGUGAGGCCGCCGGACUCUUCAGACUCCUCAAAACCCUGGACACCGGAGAAAACCCAGCCGAGGCCAAACCUGCCAAAUGAUCCUCCUCCCAGAGACACUCGAACGAGAGCGGGUUUUAGAGACGGCACAGGGACGGGGUCUGAUCCAGACCUGAUGAUCCAGGAACAGAUGAACUGUGAAUAUGAAGGGAGGAUUUCCUCAGACUUUAAUCUAGAUCUUCUCUCCGCUCCAGAUGUCCUGACAUGUCCCUGCUGUCUUUUCCAGGAGAUAAAAGCUGGACUAACUCGGCUCUGAUUCUGUCCCCCCUCCUCUAUCCGGAGAUUAAAUCUUAGUCUGAAAACAGCUGA